AUGGACAAAAAGCAACAUUCAGAAUCAACUGCUAGUGGAUCAUCUUCUCCUUCCACAAUAAAUAAAUCAAAAAAAUCAUCAUCAACAACAGCAGCAGCAUCACUACCAACAACAACGACAAGCAGAAAUGCAGUACUUCCUCAAACUGCUCGUCGGAUUCUUCAAAAUUUCCUUUUGGUAUGGCUCGAUGCCAAUUUUGAUGAGUCCAAAGACGAUUAUGAAAAACCAGUGAAAUAUCUGCAACAUAUAGCGGCAACGGUCGCAGUGUUUACAGACGUUGAUGAAUCCAUUGAUUUUCUCACUGACAUUGAGAACGAAAAAGUAUUUAUGAUCGUAUCAGGUGCCCUGGCACAACAUAUAAUACCGAUAAUUCAAGAAUGCCCACAGUUAGUCUCAAUUUAUAUUUUAUGUCGCAAUCAAUCAAUUCAUGAGGAAUGGGCCAAAACAAUACCUAAGGUACAAGGUAUAUACACACAAAUCGAACCGAUUUGUAAAGCAUUACAAAUCGAUCAAAAAAAUUGUGAUCGAGCUAUGAUCUCGAUAAGUUUUAAUAGAAUCGAUCCAUUAUUUAUGUAUACACAAUUGUUAAAGGAAGCACUCUUGGAUAUCGAAGAUGACGAUGUCAAAUCGAUUAAAGAACUUGUUGAAUACUGUCGUCUUCAAAGCGAUGCUUCCGAAAAAACACUUGAAAAGAUUGAAGAAGAAUAUCGUAAUCAUUCACCCAUUUGGUGGUACACAGGUCCAUAUUUUAUUUACUCAAUGCUGAAUUAUGGUCUUCGACAAAUGGAUGUCGAUAUUAUCCUGAAGAUGGGCUUCUUCAUCCGACAUCUACAUCAGCAUAUUACCGAACUACAUCGCGAACAAAUAGCCAGCAUGCCAGCAAAAUUUCAAGUCUUUCGUGGACAAGGUUUGUCCAUGGAAGAUUUUGAAAAAAUGAAAAAAACCAAAGGAGGACUUAUGUCCUUCAACAAUUUUCUGUCGACAAGUCGCAACCGUGAGAUAUCUUUCAAAAACUUUGCACGAUCAGCAGCAUUAAAUACAAAUUCAGUUGGUAUUCUCUUCAUUAUGAACAUUGAUACGGCUAUUUGCUCGAAAUCCUCAACACCAUUUGCUGAAGUAACUAACAAAAUUGGCUUCUUUGAAGACAAGGAAGAAGAAAUACUUUUUACAACACAUGCGAUUUUUCGUAUCGAUCGCAUUGAACGAAUUCACGAUAAUCACUCUGAUCGGCUAUACGAAGUCACUCUCACUAUUGUGGGUAAUGACAAUCAUGAAUUGAACACACUUACAGCACAUCUGCGAGAAGAGUCCACUUGGGCAACAGGAUGGGCUCGAUUUGGUCACAUACUUAUUAAACUUGGUCAGCCUGCAAAAGCAGAACAUCUCUGGAAGAUACUUCUCGAAAAGGCAUCUACUGAUAAAGAGCGAUCAGAUUAUAAUCUUCAGCUUGGUACCGUGUAUAAUAACAUGGGCGAGUACUCGCAAGCACUUUCAUCGUAUGAACGAUCACUUGAAAUCCGCAAAAUAGCUCUCCCUCCGAAUCAUCCCGACUUGGCUUCUUCCUACGAAGGUAUCGGCUUGGUGAUGAUGAAAUCAUUUUUUCACAUCUUAUUUCGAUUAACAUUAACAUAUUUUUUUUUGAAGGUUACAAUUGAAGAUUACGAAUAUUAUUUUGAUCAAUUUUAA